AUGGCAGACCUGCAUCAUACUGCUUCACAAUCCUGGAAAGACAACCGUCGCGCUAUCGUACACACACUGGACAUAUCUAGCAAGCACUCGAAGCAUGCGAGGAAAAUCGUGGAAGGCUUCCGCAACGGUAUGUACGCCAGCAAUGUCGACUUCCACGUAGGAGAUGUGUCGGACUGGAUUUCAGAGCAAAGGGCAGCAAGGCAAACAGAGGAGCCAUUCUUGACGCACGUGCUCUUGGAUCUGCCAAAUGCAGAGCAGCACUUGACAAACGUUGCGCCUACCCUGCAUGCUAAUGGUAUACUCACCGUUUUCAAUCCGAGCAUUACUCAGAUCGCCGACUGUGUGGAAGCGAUUCGCGAACAAAAGAUGCCAUAUCUAUUGGACCAGGUCGUCGAGCUAGGAGCAGGCAUGAUUCGUGAGUGGGACGUUCGCGCUGUCAGACCCAGGGCAACCCUUCGAAAAGCGGAAGCGCACGACACUCCCGAAGUUCCCGAGGGGCACGCAACCGAGGCCGUGGACGGCCAGACGGCAAGGGACGAGGAACUUGCAAAGGAACUCGCUCAGACCAAAGAGCAAUGGGCAAUGAUAUGCCGUCCUAAGGCUGGCCAGCAAGUCGUGGGCGGUGGAUUUCUGGGCAUCUGGCGGCGCAUGGAGCCGGCACCUGUUCAAGAAUCCGAGUGA